AUGGCACGGCCGGUUAAGAGGCAAGCAGCAGUAGUAGCGGAUGACAUUGAUGAGAAACACCUUUUGGCUUUCAUUGUGAAGGAGAAAUACAGUAAUGAUGAUAAAUGCAAAGAAGAACUCGAGAAAUAUUGUGAAGAGUUGAAGAAAGCAGAUGGUUUGAAAGUAAAUGAUAAAGUUAAAGGACUUUGUGAAGAGAACGAUAAAAAAAAAAAAUGCAAAGACCUGAAAGUUGAAGAUGAAUUGGUAAAUUUUGAUACGGAACUUGAAGGAGCAUUGCCAGAUGACAUACAAGAUGAAAAUUGUAAAAAAUAUGAAGAAAAAUGUAUACUUUUAGAAGAGACGGGUUAUGGUGAUCUUAAAGAGAACUGUGUCAACUUGAGGGAAGGAUGUUACAAAUUGAAGCGUGAAAAGGUGGCAGAGGAGCUUCUUUUCAGGGCGCUCGGAAAGGAAGCUAAAGAUGAAAAAACAUGUGAACCAAAGAUGAAAACUGUUUGCCCAGUGUUAAGCCGAGAAAGUGACGAGUUGAUGUCUUUCUGCCUUGAUCCGAGUGGAACGUGUCAAGAGCUGAAAAAAAAAUUGGAUACUGUUUGCCAGCCUUUAAAAGAAGAGCUUAAAGAUGGCGAAUUAGACGGAAAGUGUUAUGAAAAACUUGAGAAAUGUCAUUUUUAUGGAGAAGCGUGUGAUAAAUCAAAGUGCGAGGAGUAUAAGACGAAAUGCAAGGGAAAAGGAAUCACAUAUAAAGCGCCGGAAUCUGAUUUUAGUCCGGUGAAACCGAGUGCGUCGUUGUUGACAAUGAUUGGGUUGGAAGAUGUUUAUAAAAGAGCGGAAAAAGAUGGAAUUCUUAUUGGAAGACAAGGAGUGGAUCUACCAAAGACGUUUGGUGAUAAUUUAGUCCAAGAUCUUUUGCUAGUGUUGAGCCAAGAUGAGAAUGAUAAGAAACCAGAUAAAAAGUGCAAAAAAGCGUUAGAAAAAUGUGAUGCUUCUAAGCAUUUGGAUGAUGAUUUGAAAAAGUUAUGCGAUGAUAAAACUAAUAGAGACGCCAAAUGCAAAGAAUUACUAGAUGUAAAUGUAAAAGAAAGAUGUACAAAUCUCAAAUUAAAUCUUUAUCUGAAAGAUUUGUCUACAAAAUAUGAAAAAGCUGAUUCAGAUCUUUUAUUCUGGAGACAACUGCCAACCUUAUUUACGAAGGGAGAGUGUGCAGAAUUUGUCUCGGAAUGUUUCUAUUUAAAAAAUGUGUGUGAGGAUAAUAAAAUUGAUCAAGCGUGUCAAAAUGUACGAGCAGCGUGCUAUAAAAUGGGACAAAAUAGGAUGUUGAAUACACACUUUCGAGAGGUGUUGAAGGAGAGUCCUGAUAAUAUAAAAUAUUAUGAUGAGAAUCCUCGAAAAUGUCAAGAAUUUGUGGUAGAAAGCUGUACAAAACUUAAAAAAUAUCUUCCACAAUGUCUUUACCCUAAAGAACUAUGUUAUGCGGUUUCAGAUGAUAUUUUUCUUCAAUCCAAAGAGUUAGGUGUGCUUUUGGAUGAUCAAAGAGAUUUUCCAUUAGAAGAGGAUUGUCUUGAAUUGAAGGAGAAGUGUGCUCAACUUGAAACUUAUUCAAAUUCGAAUUCUCAAAAGUGUGCAACAUUGAGAAGGCGCUGUAAAUACUUAAGAGUUUCUGAGGGAUUUAGAAAAGUAUUUUUAAAAAGAGAAGAUGAUUCGUUAAAGAAAGAAAACUGUACGAAGGCAUUGCAAGAAAAAUGUGAUGCUUUAUCUAGGAAAAGGAGGAAUCCAUUUGGGUUUUCAUGUGCUUUGCAAGAAGAAACAUGUGAAUAUAUGGUAGCCCGUACAAAAGAUGAAUGUUUUUAUUUAAAAGACAACAUGGAGAGUAAAGCAAUUCUACAAGAAAUUGAAAAAGCAAAUAAAAAUGAAACAACACUUGAAGAACUCUGCACAACAUGGGGCCGACAUUGUCACCAACUUGUGAAGAAUUGUCCGGAUGAUUUGAAAAAAAAUAAAAACAACCAAGGUUAUAACUGUGAUGAACUCGAUGAAAAAUGCAGUGAUACCUUUAAAAAGUUGAAAUUGAAGGAUGAGUUGACUCACCUGUUGAAAGGAAGUUUAAAAGGUGAAGAUGAUUGUAAAAAAACAUUAGGAGAGCGUUGCACUAAGUUGCAAAAUAAUGAUACAUUCAAAAUUCUGCUUACUAAUUGUGAAGCUAAUGCCUUGGGAAAUGUUUGCAAAGAAUUAGUUGAAAAACUAAAAAAGAGAUGUCCUACUUUAGAAACCUAUCUGAAGAAAGCGAAAGAGGAGUUGACAAAGAUGAAGACUGAGUACGAUAAGCUCAAACUGGCGGCAGAAGAAUCCACAAAUAAAGCUAAGUUAUUGCUAUCAAAGUCUGGAAAAGCCACAAUGCCAACUGCGCAGAAUGGCAGUGAUUCUACACCAGUACCACCACCACAACAAGCACCAGCAGGGCCAUCAGGAUCAGAGUCACCACCAGCAUCAGGGCCACCACCACCACCAUCAUCACCAUCACAAAAUGGAGCACCAGAUACAUCAAGUGGAACACCAGGCACAACAGGUGAGACGAAGAAUCCAAGCCCUAGACUUGUUAAAAGAGCAUAUGUAGCUGAAGGAGUAUCAGAAGCAGAGGUAAAAGCAUUUGAUGCAACGACAAUAGCAUUGGAGUUGUAUUUGGAAUUGAAAGAGGAAUGCAGCGCUUUACAACUAGAUUGCGGUUUUAAAGAGGAUUGUUCAGAUCUUCAAGUUUGCGGAGAAAUAGACAAGUUAUGCAAAGAAAUAAAACCAUUAGAAAUUAAGCCUCAUCAUACAGAGACGCAAAAAGAAAUCUCAACCACUACGACGACCACUACGACGACCACUACCACAACUACUACUACGACUACUACGACUACUACUACGACAACCAAGCAGGGAAGUGGAGGAAAAGUAACAGAAGAGUGUACAAUGAUACAGACGACAGAUACAUGGGUGACAAGUACGUCAUUGCAUACGAGUACGACAACGAGUACGUCGACAGUGACGUCGACAGUGACGUUGACGUCGAUGCGCAAGUGCAAACCUACCAAAUGUACCACCGAUUCAAACAAAGAGACAGAUAAAGGAGGAGAAGAAGAAGAAGAAGUAAAACCAAAUGAUGGGAUGAAAAUAAGAGUUCCUGAUAUGAUUAAAAUAAUGUUGUUGGGAGUGAUUGUUAUGGGGAUGAUGUAAAAUGAAUGAAAAAAUGUUAAUAGAUUGAAAAUGUGCAUAUAUCCAUUG